AGUUUGUUCGCUUCUAACAUAUAUAAUAUCAAAAUCAGAAAGAAAGAAAGAAACAAGGUCCAAAAUUGGGAUGAAUAUGUUGGCAAGCACGAGCAGCAACACCGCUUUGGGUGGAUGGACGGUGCUACAAUUAUCCAAAAUCAAAACCAACCGCACUGUUUCUUCUUCUUCAAUCUCUCUUCGGAUCUCUGCAACCUGCGACGACCGUCCUCAUGGUCCAUCUUGUAUAUAUGUCGGUCCUCUUCAAACCGCCACCAAAGAGACCCUUGAAGCUCUUUAUUCUCAGGCAAGAGAUGCAUAUUACAGAGGAGAGCCUUUGAUACUUGAUGACAUGUUUGAUAGAGUUGAGUUGAAGCUUAAGUGGUAUGGUUCCAAGUCAGUUGUUAAGUAUCCUCGAUGCAGUAUUAGGAGGCAAUCAACUUAUGCUGAUGCUGAGGAAGAUCUAUCUAUGGUUUUUACAUUGGCGAGUACAUGGACUCUCUUUUUUGCAAUUGGUUGCUCAGCUUGUAUUGGACCAAUGUUUUACACCAUCAGCUUGGCUCAUCAAAAUGCAUUUAACUCAGGAUUAUAUGGUAGCCGAGGAUCAGAACUAGGGUUUCUUUUCAUGGUGAAUACCAUUAUCUUCAUGGCACUCGGUUUUGUCAUAGGAUAUCCAGUUGCUUCAGCUUCAGUUAAAGUUCUUCAAGGCUUAUGGAGGAACGACUUGGCAGCACUAAAGGGUUCGUGUCCAAAUUGUGCAGAAGAGGUAUUUGCGUUUGUAAAAACAGACAACGCUAACUCACCCCAUAGAGCAAAGUGCCAUGUAUGUGAAUGCUUAUUGGAGUUUCGCACUGAGAUCGAGCAAUCAACUUCAAGAUUUGGUAGACAAUGGGUUUAUGGGCGGAUUUACCUUGUGCGCAAAUCCAGACGCCAAAGGGAGCUGUAAAUUUUCUGAAAAUAUUAAGGAUAAGGAAAGAAAUACAAGCAACUUCUGUUUAGUUUAAAACGGUUUUUGUCUGUUAAGCCAACUUGUACACUUCUAGCUAGAAAGAAAGGAGUUGAUAUGUCAAUCACUGGACGCCUGAUUUAUUUGAUUUUAUUAUGUUUUUUCAUCGUCAAUAGCUGUAGUUUUUCGGAUGAUUAUAGAUAUUGAAAUGUAAUGUUGGAGAUGAAAGGUCAAAUGUAAACCAACAUGUGUUGAAAUCUAAUUGCUAGCCAUUAGUAAAAUAAAGUACACUGGUCUCAGCAAAAAUAUAUUAGAUCACUGUAAUAUGUUCAUGA